UGCCGGUCACAGUCACGCGUCGAGUCGGUGGUCGGUGUUGUGUCGUUAUCUUCGGGCACGGCGUUAUUCCGGGAUAUCGAAAGGCAUGCCAGGCCAGGUGAUUUUCUUACGUUGGUGUUACUAACGGCAGUGGAAAUUUAGUGUGACUUUUGUCCUAAAGCUCAACGUACGAUUCUAACGGAAAUUUCUAGCGUGAAGCAAUCUAUUCCUUCAGUUCUUCGGUGUGAAGCGUGUGCAAAGUGAUGUGACCCAUGAAAACGGAUAUGAAACGAUGUUCUUCAAAUGUCCAGGAAAGGUGAAGUCGUGAUUGUGGUCUAAAACGAAGAAGUGUCCCGAAGACGAAUCGUUAAACCCCAUCAAGAUACAUCGAAAAGAAUUCUCAAGUGUUAAGUUAUAAACAAAAUGGAGUAAUUUUAAGCGAGUGAGAGUGUGCAAGUGAAGACGCUGAACCUAAGCAAUUGAUUUGAAUUCCAAGUCCCCAACCCAGAAUACGAUGCAUCCCGCAAUGGCGUCUCCACUAGACCUGCGACCGUCGGGAUUACUAUCGAUCAGUGCGUCACCUCCCGUGGGCAGCAGCUCUGCAAUGUUGAACGAUUCUUCCGGCCAAGCGCACCACUACCAUACCGGCGGCCAACAUCAUAACCACCACCAUCAUCAUCAUCAUCAUCCGACACAGGGCCAUCACAGCCAGGCUCCGUCGGGGAAUCGGACUAGUGGGGCUGCCAGUCGCAACCGUUCGCGAAGUAGCUCCAGUUCCGAAAAUGGAACGUCCGGUGGUGCUCAACAAACCCAACCCGAUUCGGACACCGGUGGGGCUGGUGGUGGAGAGGGUACCACGUCCGGAGGUGGAAAAUCCGGUAGCCAUCGAUCGCAGAGUCUUGUGAAGCCACCGUACUCCUACAUUGCGCUUAUCACGAUGGCAAUACUACAGUCGCCCCAGAAAAAGCUAACGCUUAGCGGUAUCUGCGAGUUUAUUAUGACACGGUUUCCAUACUACAAGGAAAAGUUCCCUGCCUGGCAAAACUCCAUCCGACAUAACCUCAGCCUGAACGAUUGUUUCAUCAAAAUUCCUCGCGAACCGGGUAACCCGGGCAAGGGCAACUUCUGGACGCUAGAUCCGCUCGCCGAGGACAUGUUCGACAAUGGUAGCUUCCUGCGGCGCCGGAAACGGUACAAGCGUACCACCCUUGCCCAGAGCAUGGGUUUCCCCGGUGUGUUUGCUCCAUUCGCACCGUUCUGGAUACGGAAACCGGUGCCGGUGAUACCGAUGCAUCAGUUCGGGCCGGCUCAUGCGGCGGCAUCCGCUUCGGUGGCGGGCUUUGGAGCGGACGGACCGGGUGGACCUCUGGCAGCGUUGGGACCAGGCCGUACCGGUGACUUCCUGCUCGACAGCAAGCUAAACCUGUUCGGUGCGGUCAAGAUGGAUGAUCUGAACGUGGCCAUGAUGGAGAACAGUGAUUUUCUGCAGCGAAACGUUGACAGUUUAAAGAUUUCGAGUGCUAUGAACAAGUUUUUCCACGGCUAUCAUCAGGGACAGGCGGGCGGCACUGGUGGACCGUUGAUAGAUCUGUACGAAGAUGGACCACCCCAUCCGGCCAGUCUCGGUGUACAUCCGGCGUGUAAUGGUGGGCUGGUGCGGGAAGCCAUUUCCUAUCCGUACGGAGGCCACAAGCUUUCUGCUCCGCGUAUGGGAGACCCGGAACCGAACGGUGGCGGCGACCGGAGAGGUGAUUAUGCGGAGGAAGAACACAUCUCGGCCGAUCUGGACCUAUCGAGCGACGAUCGAAUCGAUGUGGAGAGUGAAGAUGAUUAUAAAUCUCCGGCGGAUCGAGGUCCCGGGUCGCUUAGUUACCACGAGAUGCUUCUCAAUGGUCGUAAGGCGCUGCCAGUGGAAGUUCCUACAAACUCGCACCUGUCCGGUACAUCGGGAUCUCCACCACCCGCCGUUGAGGAAGUUCAUCCGGCACAACCUUCACCAACGAUCGAACCUACCGGGGACUACUCGCCGCACUGCAGUCCCUCGCGAACGGUUCGCGACUCGGACGAUUACUACAUCGAAGAGGACGAACAGUCGGACAAGGCAAGUAGCAGCGGAGGUUCCGUUGAAGAACCUCCUUCCAAAGAGCGUCACUUCUACACCGAGCUACAACCUUCGCUAAUCCCUACGGAACCGCUGCAUGGGAUACUUCCGCCUAGCAAUGGGCAUCCCGGAUCGGAUUCCGCUAGUCCCGGGUACGCCGAAACGACGAAACUGUUCGACGGCACCGAACCGUCCUUUGCGUCCCGCAAACGGAAGUACGGCAACACGAAGGGAUUCAGCAUAGAGAACCUGAUCGGGUGUAGUGUGGAGGAUAGAUGAAUGUAAGAACGCUGGUCCACCACGUCAGCCACGCCAAUGCCAAAGAAACCCCGUCUCCCAGUGCUUCGUUCCAUUUCCCCGUGUUCGUGUUCGUGUCUGUGCGUGUUUUGUGUACAUAGUUAAGUGGAACUGUAACUAUAUCUAGAUAUUUGUUCGGUUUUUUUAUGCUGUCUUAAGCUCAUAGGUAAUUUUUUAGAAAACGCCGAAUGUCCUACAGCAAACAGUCGAAAUCACGUUGUAAAUAAAAUUGCGGCACACGAUUUUAGUCCUUGCGGAGAGAACCUGA